GCCAUGGCCGGGCGGAUCGCCAAGGACCUGGAGGAGGCGCGGCGCUGGGAGGGCGCCCACGACGUGCGGCCGCUGGACGGGAACGUGCGGCGCUGGGGCGGGCUCCUGCUGCCCAACAAUCCCCCGUACAACACGGGCGCCUUCCGCUUCGAGCUGACCUUCCCCCUCAACUACCCGCUGGAGCCCCCCUGCGCCACCCUCCGCACCCCCAUCUACCACCCCAGCGUGGACCUCGAGGGCCGCGUCUGCCAGCCCCUCACCACCCAGGUGCACUGGGAGCCCACCACCCGCGCCGUCCGAGUGCUCCAAGACCUGCUGCUGCAGCUGGACAGCCCAGACCCGCAGCGGGUGAUGCGGCCGGACGUGGCCCGGGAGCUGCAGGAGCGUCCCGAGGAGUUCCGGCGGCGGGCAGAGGAGCACACCCGGCUCCACGCCGAGCCGCGCCCUGACCCCCGCACGUAAGGCAAUAAAUUCUCUCCAUCACCUGCUCCGGCUCCGUGGUGCCUC